GACAAAGCAGCAAUGGCAAGGGGCCAGAAUAUAAACCAGGAGCUCUCAGAUGUGCUAAACCAAAUGUGGAAGGUUGAUGUGAAUCGCUUGAAGCCGGGGAAGGACUAUACCAUCUCUCUGCAGGGAAAGGCUGGUUAUGUUGCUCAGGGCAGUAACUAUGCCAGAGACAGGGCCAGGUCACCUCUGUUCUCUUAUGUCAAUGAGGAGAAGCUCAAAACUAUCCCUACCUAUGCCCACUUCAUGAAUCUUUUGGACAACUAUGAAAUGUCCACGGGUGUAACUGAACAGGUGACAUCACAGGAAGUCGAGGAGAAUAAUUCCUUCUUAAAUGCCAUCCUUGAGACAGAAGUCAUGCAGUGUGCCUACAGAUACCUGGUCAGUAAGGGCAUGGCUCAUCCUGAGAUACGGCAAUUUAAGAAUCAACUCUAUGAGAUAUGGUUCAGACUGUAUAACAGAGACCGGAGUGGAGGUGCUGAUUCAUGUGGUUUUGAGCAUGUAUUUGUUGGUGAGACCAAACAUGGAAAGGAGAUCAUGGGCCUCCAUAACUGGGUUCAGUUUUACCUGCAGGAGAAGCAUGGCCAUGUGGACUAUAAGGGUUACAAAGCCAGAGACAACAAAGACACACCAGAUGAGGAUGAUCACGUCUUGAACCUGCAGUUCAGCUGGAAGGGCCUGGUCAAGCCUGUGGGCAGCUCGUUCAUCGGAGUCAGCCCUGAAUUUGAGGUCGGACUCUUCACCAUUGUCUUCCUCAUGUCCACUGAGCGGACGUCAAAUGUCGUGGUGAAGGUGGAUGAAUAUCUGCUGGAGAUCAUAGUGUGCAGAUAUGGGCGUUCCAUCGGAACAUCCUAUCCUAAGAUGCUCAGCAGCAAUAACAGGGAUUUGUAGAUCCUUCAUCGUGGAUCCUCAUAGUAAAGAGUGUACAGUAAGUCAGAGGUUUGUUAAGACAGUUUGAACAGAAUACUGGUUUCUUUUGGUUGCUGCUGUCUCUGACAUUUCUCUCUUAAAUUACAUAAAGUGCAGCUAACCCAUUUUUUCUAAUAUUUUUGUUUGUUUGUUUAAAACAAAUGCAGUUUAUUAUGUUUCUCUGAUUAUAAAAUAUUAUCUUGGAAAGAAAUCAAAAUAUAUUUUUCAGCUGUUUUAUGUUUCUAAAAAAAAGGAGCCAAAGUUUUCCAUUUGGCACCGAAUGUGAUGUUUUUCAAAAAUCUUUUUCAGUUGACUUAAAUGAUUGCUUGUUCACAGACUAAAAACACAGAUAGGGCACAAAUGUUUUCAUUAACCACUGUGGGAUGACAACAAGGCAGCUUUAAUAAUGCACCAUAGCAUGGUCUAUAUUGUCUAUGUUUCGUUUAAUUCACCAUAUUGAAUAUUUGUCAAACUCUGAAGCUUUAAUUUUUUGUUUUCUAUAUUUUCAUUUGUUUGUGUCACUGUUUUUGUGUUACUUUAUAACAGCAUCUUAAAAAGAAAACAAAUGUGGAAAUAGAAAGUUCAUGCUUUAAUCUUUUUCAAAACAUUAUAUUAUAGCACCUUAUUUCAAUUUUAUAGCCACUAUUAAUUAAUUGCAAUUGUAAUU